GCAGUUGAGCGAUGAGGAGAUCAGGUGGAACACUGAGAUGAUAGACUGGGAGCGUCGGAACCCGCCAGGGGCGACUGGGAUCGAAGACUGUGUACGGUACCAGUGGGAUCUGCAGCGGUGGGUGAGGCAGCAGCGGCGCUCGUCAAACGCCCAGAGUCGCCAGAGAGAGGCGUCGCCGCGCCAGCGCCAGUUGGCUGCAACAGCGUCGAGCGGGCGGCGAGAGGCAGCAACAGCUCGUGAGGGCGCAGGCGCUAGUGGCCCGCCGAUGGCGGCGAUGAGCGGGCUCAGGCUGACGGAGCUUCCGUCGGAGGCCGACAGGGCGCGGGCCCAGGCCGAGCAGUCGGGUGAUCCGCACCACGCGAUUGUGAUCUCCGACAGCGACUCCCCCCGAGAGGCUGGUGACCGUACCCGCAGAGGCAGAGAGCGCGCCCGCAGCACGGCGCGGGAUGCUCCUGUCACGGCACGGCGCGGGAUGGGUGCUCCUCUCACAUCUCCGCUUCGGCAGGAGGAGGAUGAUUGGAGACAAAAGACUCCGUGGGCCAAGCGCGCGCCAGCGAAGAGGGUCAGUGACACGCCCGCGGAGGGCCAGCCUCUUCCGAAACGGAUGCCCGCCCGCCCGCCACGGCCAAUCGAUUUAUCGGGCAGGGUCGUGCCGCCGCCGCCGCCGAUGACGAGAGAGCAGCUGCGACAAGAGGCGGACCACUACAAGCCCGAGCCAGAGCGAGCGCGGCAGGAACACAUGGAGGCUGAGCGGCGCCAGCUGUUAUCCCAGGCUCCACGUGGGUCAGCCACGCGGGCGACGACGGUUUCUGCCGCCGCGAAGCACAGCGAGGAGCCUAUCGAGCGCGGGAAACUUCUUAAGCGGCAGGCGGAACAGACGACGAAUGCCCGCAUCGCUGCAAGAGCCAAGGCAGCCUUCCCACCACGUGCAAAGGUCGGUCAGACGGCGGAGCAGUCCAAAGGUUACAAGUCCAUCGCCAAGUUGCCCCCCGAGGAGGCCGCAGUCGUCGAGCAGAGCAAGCCGAAGCGCCUUCCACCCUUUGUUGUGUCGUCCCCGCACGGGGCCAUUCCCGCGCUCCACAGGGACUGGGCGCUGGUCGAGGGUGCAGCGUGGGACCCCGACAAGUUUGUUUUGGAAUUAAGGCUGCGGGGAGAGACGAACAAGAUGAUACAUGAGUACCUCGAAGCCGGCUUCCCCGUGUGGUACCCGAGCUCGGGAAACUCCAUGUGGCCUCUGGUGCAGUCGCACGACUUCUGCACCUUUCACCCCAUCGAAGCUGCAACAGCGGAUGCGGGCCCUGGCUGCGUCGUGAAGGAGGCGUCCACCGUGCAGAAAGGAGACGUCGUCUUCUGCCUGGUGCAACCGCAGCACCAAUAUUACGCGCGCAUUGUGAUCCAUGCAGAAUGGGACUUCCACAGGCGCCAGUACAAGUACUGGAUCGGCGGCAUCAGGCAGAACAUCAAUGGCCAUUGUUUCAGGGAGCACAUCUUCGGGAUCCUCGUGGACGUGCAGGUGCAGUACAAUUUCAAAUGCUACAGUCGCCCGCGCCCAAAAACGCUGUGCGACAGAGUCGCGCCCAUGUAUCACACGCACCAUGACGAGGCAAAGCAACUCUGUGAGCCUCGGUGGGACGAGCCCGCGUCUGGGAGCAGCUGA